AUGAACAAAACAACAGAACAAACAAAAGUAACCAGUGAAAAGUCUGAUAGGAAGCUUACUGUACUAUCAGUCAGCAACAGAAUGACAGAUGGACAUCACAGUACAAUAGAGCAGGCAUCAUCAAUAAUAGCACCACGAUUAUCAACAUUAAGUAAAUUUGACAAUGAAAACGCAAACAACACAAUGAAAGAUCAAAAUAAUCAAAAUCUGUUAAAUUCUAGUCCCGAGAGUAAUAGUUUAUCAGUUCUUAGCCGUAAAUGGAGUAACUCAAGUAUUUCUGAAACAGUAGACAGCUUUAAAAUCGAUUUGCAAGAAACACAAGAAGGGUUUGAAGAGAAGAAUGGUUCAACUGAGGAUACAAAUCAUUCCGAUAAUGUCAAUCAAAAUAAUAAAGAUAACAAAAGUGUACCUAACAGUCCAAUAGAUAUUAAUCUACUUCAAGUGAAUAUGAACGCUUUAUGCACAGAAAGCAGAACAGGUACAGUUGAAGCCAGUUCAAUCGGUCAGGCACAAUGGACUCCAAGUUUUACUACAGGUGUCACCACAACUGCUACAACAUGUGCAAGUAGUCGUUUAUCUAGAACCAGUGUUAGUCUGCAUCCACCAUACUCCCCGAAUCGUACAACACCAGCAUCUACACCAUCACGACGACAAACAACUUGUCAUCAAAUCAGUUUAUUAGAGACAGCGAAAAUGUUGCUAUCCGAAUCCAGUAAACUAGAGUCGAUUACUCCAAUACGUGAUCAUUUGGUUAGACCUUUAAAUGAUGAACAGAUGGAGUCACACCACUAUCAUAUGCUUGGUAAGCAAAUACUUGCUUUAACUGUUAAGCGAAGCUUGCAUACAAAAUCACUAAAUGCUGUCUUGAAUCUUACUUCUUAUCAGAUUUGCUGUGGAGAUGCUGGGGAAGGCAUUGGUUCAGAUCGUAUCAAAGCAAGCAUCGAACGACGACGAUAUCAAGAAGCUGUUGAACUGCAAAAGCAAAUCCAUUUGUUGAACGAGACAACUAAAGAUUUGUACAAUCGAGCAAAAGAGAAAACUCGCCAUCUGAAUUCACUUAUACAAGAUACACUGAGUCAAAUGAAGUCGAUGAGAGAAGAAAAACUUCAGCAGAGAAAUUUAAAGUCCACACAAAAGCGCAAAAUUACACGAGAGUUAUUCUUACGUCAACUCCGUCAUCGACAUAUACGUAAACAAAGACUACGCGCGAAACUCGGUGUAACUGCUGGGAGUCGAGUUUAUCGUGUAGGCCAACAUUCUGUGCAUGAAGGUUUGCCUACAGUUUUACUCAGCAAGGAAAUAUCAGAAGCUGAAGCACUGAAACAAUGGGAGAUAAAUGAAGAUCUGAGAGAUCAGGCUGAAGCUAAUGUCAUAUUUCGAAUGGAGGAGAAUGCACUUCAUAAUGCCACAGUGAAGUUGAAGUGUUUGAAAGAAAAGGCCGAUAGACAGUUGGGUUAUUUAGAAGACCUUAUGCAAUUCGGAAGGAAUUCAACUGGAGAGAUGCAAGAAAAUGAAACCGGCGAAAUCAACUUGUCUCGGCUACGUGUGAAACAUUUGCAGCUAGUCACUCUAUUAAACCAUUAUGGAAUUAUGCCUGAAGAUGUUGGAGCAUACAAUUUUUGCACGAAAGAGCAACUACAAAUCGCACAACAGAAUCACCUAGUUAAUAUACCAUCAGAUAGUGGAAAUGUGUUACCCAAUUUAUGGGAUGAGCUGCAGGAAGACCAAUUGCACAAAUAUCAGAAGUCUGCCCUGUGUCACUUUCAAAAAAUGUUGGAACAGGUUAAUCGUACGAAUGUUUCACAGGAUGAAGUUCCACUAGAUGUUCAGAGAAGGCGUCAGUGGCACCGAGAUUCAGAAUAUUUGAACACAUUCAGUAGAAUGAUUACACCAGCUGUAUUUUCGUAUUUCGACUACUGGAAACAGCCCUUACCAUCACUGGCUAUGGAUGUACUGGUUGACUUUUUACCAGACAAGACUUCAGGUCGAAGAUCACAAUUUCGGAAUCCUAUGAAUAAAUACUCGAAUAUUAGGAGUGAUCUGAAAAAGUUGAGUAAAUUUCUGGUCCAUCCAAAGGGGCAUGGAAAUGCCAGAAAUCACCGGACAGAAAAUAGAACUGCAUAA